GGAGUACACUGUAGCAGUGACAGCAGCAGUACCUGUAGUUAGAUGGUGAGUGGUGGUGGUGGUGUUGUUUGUUGGUGGUGACGACGGAAGAAGCCAAUGAAACCCGCGGGUUCCCACUUUAAGGCCGGAACAUCGUCAGCGUCAGCGUCAACGCCAACUUCAACUUCAUCCCUUCUCACCACCAUAUAAACAAACAGGACCAGACGUCGAACUUGGAGCUCGAUAUCCAACUACGCGCUGUCUAGAAGCAGAAGAAGCCCCUUAGAAGCGCUUUUAGCAUGGCAUAGAGGACCGCUGCUCAGCUUUGCCGCGAGGGCCUUUUACAAACAGCCUGCGUGUUCCCAAAAUGGCAUCUCCAACGACAUCUGCUCCAGCAGCGCCGUCAACGUACAAAGUCGACUCUUUUAAUCCUGCCGUCCUGGCCCAUCUGAAGCGCAUCUACGAGUCGCUGCAGCCACAGGGACAGACGCCUACAGGACCGGACGGUGCAACCCUCUCUGCCUCUGCUCAUUUCUUGCAGGAUAUCCAAAAGGACCAGCAUUUCAAAGCUGACCAGCCUCGCAGUGGCCAGCAGCAUGGCGUUCUCGACAGCUUCUCAAGCUUCCUGGAAUACAUGUCAACUGCCUUAGCAAUGCCGCAGUUUUCGGACACACAGGCGUACGAAGAGGAUCUAUCGUUUCCCAUGCCCAAUUAUUUCAUUAAUUCAAGCCAUAACACCUACUUGACUGGCAACCAGCUAUACAGCGAUUCCAGUACAGAAGUAUAUAAAAACGUUCUACUCGGCGGCUGUAGAUGUCUUGAGAUUGAUGUCUGGGACGGUGUACCAGACUCAUCGAGCUCCGAGUCAGAAGACAAUCCAGAAGAUGGUCACAAAAAGAUGCACAAGAAGAGACACGAAAAGGCUCAAAAAGAGAGCGCUGGCCUGUUCAGCUUGUCAUCUCUUUCAGAUCGCUUUGAUAAACUCAGCACCAGAAGCACACCUGAUGCUGUGCCUGCUAAGGCCCCAGCAACAGAUGCAACACGCUGUGAACCCCGAGUAUUUCAUGGUCAUACACUAACUAAAGAAGUAACAUUCCGUGAUGUAUGUUACACAAUCCGUGAUAAUGCAUUUGUAACGAGCGACCUGCCAGUGAUCGUCAGUCUGGAGGUGCAUGCUUCUCAUGAACAGCAAGAGGUUAUGGUUGAUAUCAUAACUGAAGCAUGGGAAGGGCUUCUUGUGGAGCUCACACCUGAAAUGGAUGCCCAGAUUGCCAAUGGAGACUUAAACCAUCUUUCUAACCCAGGCUCCCUGAGGAAUAAAAUCCUGAUAAAGGUGAAAUGGGUAUCUCCUGAUAAAGAUGAUACCCCGCCCGCCGAAGGGUCUAUCGAGGUCGUCGACCUUCAGACUGUGGGCGGAGACGGUGACGGAGCUCAGAAUAAGUUCGUAGCUGGAUCGACGUCGACGAAAACAAAGCCUCAAAAGAUCAUUCAGUCCCUUAGCCGACUCGGAAUAUUCACGCGCGGUUAUACUUUUCAUAACUUUUCUCAACCUGAGGCGAAGAUACCACAUCAUAUAUUCUCGCUCUCAGAAGCUGCAGUGAAAGCUGCACAUGAAAAGGAACGUCAAGCAUUAUUCGAUCACAACAAAGAAUUUAUGAUGCGAACUUAUCCCUCAGGAAUGCGAGUAGAUUCCUCGAAUUUAGACCCAUCUUUUGCCUGGCGUCAAGGCAUUCAAGUUGCUGCUCUCAACUGGCAACGCUACGACAAAGGAAUGAUGCUGAACAAAGGGAUGUUCGCAGGAAGUGGGGGAUGGGUGCUGAAACCCUCGGAGUAUCGUGGAUCGGCUGCUCGCAGCAGUUCGACAAGCUCAUCGCCGCAGGAGCAGAUGGCGGCCGCUGUCAACGACGGGGGUCCUAAUGGUGUGCAGGCAAGUACGAGUGUUCGACGCAAAGUGAAUUUGUCUAUUGAAAUCUAUGCAGGACAGAACAUAAUGGCGGGGGAUGGGAAGUCAAAUCACAAAAGUUUCCAUCCAUAUGUAGCCUGUCAUUUGCAUGUUGAACGACCCAAGGACAGCAUCCAUGCUACCAGCAAGGAUUAUGACAGCAGUGACCCCAAUUACAAAUGUCGAACUAAAACUUGCAGUGGCGCCGAUCCGGACUUUGGAGGCCAAAUCCUCCAAUUCCCAAGCGCUCCUGGGAUUCUUGAAGAGCUCUCUUUUGUCAGGUUCAAGAUUAAAGACGAUAAAAUCGGUAUUGACGAUUUGCUUGCAUGGGCUUGUAUAAGGCUAGAUCGCCUACGUCAAGGUUUCCGGUUCAUUCGGUUAUUCGAUACCAAUGGGAAACCAACCGAUGGAAUACUUUUGGUUCGGAUAUCGAAGCGCGAAGAGUAA